GGGUUCUCAAGGUAUUACAGCCUCUUGGCCCUCUUUUCAUUCCCUGUUCCAAACCAGAUUCUUCAUCUUCAAAGUACUUGGAACCUUAUGCUGAUCUCCUCUGCCUAUCUUUCUUUCACAAUCUUUUCUCUUCCAAUAUGUUUGGAUCAACAAGCGUUUCUAAUCCAUAAUCCAUAGGUACGUACCGCAUUGAUCUGUCAUCUAGGCUCAGUUUUCCACACCCAAUGGGACAGUGCUGGACUAAUUUAUGUGGAUGUAAAAGCGAAACUGAUAGUGAGCAGAACUCCCAAGUACAGCUCGCCAGCGGAAACGUCCACCUCAUAACUUCUACUCAGGGUUGGGAAGACAAGAUCUCAGAAUCAAGCAGGGAUCGCAAGAUAGUCGUGGCAAAUUUCAGCGCAACAUGGUGUGGUCCUUGUCGGGCGAUAGCACCGGCCUAUUCUGAUCUUGCCGAUAAAUAUUCUUCCAUGAUAUUCGUAACCGUGGACGUUGAUGAACUACCCGAAUUCAGUACUUCAUGGGAUAUUAAAGCGACCCCAACCUUCUUCUUCCUAAAAGAUGGGAGACAAAUAGACAAGCUUGUUGGUGCAAACAAGCAGGAGCUCCAGAGGAAGAUUUCUACCAUUGCUGAUUCUACAAACAGGCCCAAAUAAAAUUGACAAUGUACUUAAUCUUUGGUUUUUCGAAAUUUUUGAUAUGUAAUAGUAUGUCAAGAUUAUGUGCAUUACCUUCUUCUUCUUCAUUGCGUGUACCCGGUCAUGUCGAUAAUUUCUCGCUAUUUUCCCAACGGAAUUGUUGAGGAAAAUUUCCAGUUCCUCAAACGACCAUCUCGGUAAAGUUUGGAAGGCCACGACUGAUCUUGAAGAGGAAUGAUUUUGCGUGCUAGCAUGUUGAUCCCUGCAGAGCACCUGCGCAAAGGGCUUUUUGCUCGCCGCUUUUUAUGCCUGGUUCAUAAUGUACUUUCAUGUUUUUAACGAAAUUUCUGAGACUACACUAAAGUGUAAGUGCGAGUAUGUGAGAGUUGUAAGCAUGUUAUCAAUAUAUAGUUUUGUGUAAGUUGAUAUGUAACGU